ACUGGAAAAGAAGCUAAACCAGAAGAUGGCUAGAAAUGAAAGGGUUGCUGAAGAUGAAAAGAAUGUCUGCAUUCGGUGCAGAGUCCAGCCUUCUGCCUCAACCCCAAAGAGGGAAGAACAGAAGCAGAACUCUACCAAGUUGAAUGAUAUUUUGGGUCUAAAAGAGCUUUUCUCCUUGGAGGUUUGGAGAGCAUCAUUGGCAGAACUACUUGGAACAGCAGUACUAGUUUUUGCCAUUGACACAAUAGUUAUCUCCUCCUAUCAAACCGAGACGAAAACUCCCCACCUGAUAAUAUCUUUUCUCGUUGCUAUUACCGUCACAAUUCUCCUCCUAGCUACAUUGCCCGUCUCCGGCGGCCAUAUCAACCCAAUUGUCAGCCUUGUUGCGGCUCUCACAGGCAUCAUUUCGAUUUCAAGGGCAUUUGUAUACAUUUUGGCGCAAUGCAUUGGUGGCACAUUGGGUGCAAUGGCACUCGAAGCUGUGGUGAAUAGUAAGAUUGAGCAAAGAUUUUCACUUGGAGGUUGCACCCUUACCGUUGUUGUCCCGGGACAUCACGGGCCUCUGGUGAUCGGGCUCAACACGAGCCAGGCCCUGUGGCUGGAGAUAAUUUGUUCCUUUGUGUUUCUCUUUGCGUCCAUAAGGAUGGCUUUUGACGAACGCCAGGCCAAGGCCCUAGGCCGAGUUGUGGUUUGCUCAAUCAUCGGCAUAGUAGUGGGCCUCCUCGCUUUUGUAUCGACGACUGUUACAGCAACGAAGGGUUACGCCGGUGUUGGUAUGAACCCGGCAAGAUGUUUAGGCCCGGCUCUGAUCAGGGGUGGGCAUCUUUGGGGUGGCCAUUGGAUAUUUUGGGUCGGGCCUGCAAUUGCUUGUGUUGCAUUUGCCCUGUACACCAAGAAAGUUAAAGAAAUGAAUUCAAAUUCAAUACAAGUCCCUGAUCGAGCUAAUAACAUGAAGAAAUUCCAGGAAGCAACGUUUCUUUCUUGGAUCGGUGCUCAUGAGUUCUUCUCAUUAGAGAUGUGGAGAGCAGCUCUCGCGGAGCUCGUGGCAACUGCCUUCCUGAUGUUUACCUUGACCACAUCAAUUAUCUCCUGCUUGGACUCACCGGAAGCUGCCCCCAAGCUUCUUGUCCCUUUUGCAGUCUUCAUAAAUGCCUUCCUCUUCCUCCUGCUGACAAUUCCUCUCACUGGCGGCCACAUGAAUCCCAUCUUCACAUUCAUUGCCACCCUCAAGGGUAUGAUCAGCCCUGCACGGGCCAUCAUCUACCUAUGGGCUCAGUGUAUAGGCUGCAUAGGAGGCUUCCUGGUACUCAGAGAUGUCAUGAGCCAUGAUGUGGCAGAUAAGUAUUCAUUGGGAGGCUGCAGUCUUGGGGGGAUAAGCCCAUUAAUUGCAUUGGUAUUAGAAUUUUCAUGCACCUUUCUGGUGCUGCUUGUUGGGGUGACAAUAGGAUUUGACAAGAGAAGAUUUGAAGAGUUGGGAUUGCCAAUGGUAUGUGCCGUGGUGGCUGCAGCCAUGGCACUGUCAGUUUUUGUGUCGAUUACUGUCACUGGAAGAUAUGACUAUGCCGGUGUGGGGCUCAAUCCAGCAAGGUGCUUAGGCGCUGCCUUAUUGCGAGGAGGUCAUUUAUGGAAAGGACAUUGGGUGUUUUGGUUGGGACCCUUUUUGGGCUGCAUUGUUUACCACUGUUUCACCUUGACCUUGCCCAAACAUGGACUGUGAAAAUUACAUAAGAGGGAGGGAUUUCU